CCAAUGCAAUGUUCCGCAACCUCCCGAACGCGUCCGGCUAUAAAUCCGUAGCCCCCACCACACCGGCUCCGCUCUCUCCUCCCCAGCACCCGACUGCAGCGAGACGACCCGCAUCCGCUACACCGCACGCCUCACCACCCAGAAGCUUGCUCGCUGAUCAAUAUGUCGCGGGAGGAGAAUGUUUACAUGGCCAAGCUGGCUGAGCAGGCAGAACGGUAUGAAGAAAUGGUUGAGUACAUGGAGAAGGUGGCUAAGACGGUAGAUUCAGAAGAGCUCACUGUCGAGGAGCGUAACCUCCUGUCUGUUGCCUACAAGAAUGUGAUUGGGGCCCGCCGUGCCUCAUGGCGUAUUGUCUCCUCCAUUGAGCAGAAGGAGGAGUCUCGAAAGAAUGAGGAACAUGUUACUCUGAUCAAGGAAUACCGUGGCAAGAUUGAGGCUGAGCUAAGCAAUAUUUGUGAUGGUAUCCUGAAGCUGCUUGAUUCGCACCUCGUGCCUUCUUCUACUGCUGCCGAGUCAAAGGUGUUUUACCUCAAGAUGAAGGGUGAUUAUCACAGGUACCUUGCUGAAUUUAAGACCAGUGCUGAGAGGAAGGAAUGUGCAGAGAGCACAAUGGUGGCUUAUAAGGCAGCUCAGGAUAUUGCUCUGGCCGAACUGGCACCUACCCAUCCCAUAAGGCUUGGACUUGCACUUAACUUCUCGGUGUUCUAUUAUGAGAUUCUGAACUCUCCAGACAAAGCUUGCAACCUUGCAAAGCAGGCGUUUGAUGAAGCUAUCUCCGAGUUGGACACCCUUGGAGAGGAUUCCUACAAGGACAGCACUCUGAUCAUGCAGCUCCUGAGGGACAACUUGACCCUCUGGACUUCCGACCUCACGGAGGGCGCCGAGGAGGAUGGCGCCGAGGAGGGCAAAGAAGCCUCGAAAGGUGAUGCUGGCGAGGGCCAGUAACCCUUGAACGGUGGGUGCCCAAAGCCGUGCGCUGCUCCAUGGAUUCUCCCAUUCUAGCUUCCACCCGUUAUUCCUUUUCCUGUAGUAGGCUGGUAGUGGUCGAAUUAGUUCCAUUGUGCUUUGCAUCGCUGCCAGUUGGCACUAGGUCCUUCUGGACUGGUAUUGUUCUGCUAUUGAAGUGUCUUGUUUUGCUGUUGUAAUCAGUUAUGGUGUCA